UCUGUGGUGAUUGGCAAAAGCGCUUUGAGCCGCAGUGCGAGUUGGCAGAGCAGCGGGGCGCAUCUGGUAAAAUGUCUAAGGGACCAGCUGUUGGUAUUGAUCUUGGGACAACCUACUCCUGUGUAGGUGUCUUCCAGCAUGGAAAAGUUGAAAUUAUUGCCAAUGACCAAGGCAACCGGACCACUCCAAGCUAUGUUGCCUUCACUGAUUCAGAGAGGCUCAUUGGUGAUGCAGCCAAGAACCAGGUGGCAAUGAACCCAACCAACACUGUCUUUGAUGCAAAGCGCCUCAUUGGACGUAGAUUUGAAGACACUGUGGUUCAGGCUGAUUUGAAGCACUGGCCUUUUGAUGUUGUAAAUGAUGGAGGUCGUCCCAAGGUUAAGGUGGAAUACAAAGGAGAAAACAAGUCUUUUUACCCUGAAGAAAUUUCUUCAAUGGUGCUCACAAAAAUGAAGGAAAUUGCAGAAGCUUACCUUGGAAAGACUGUUACAAAUGCUGUUAUCACAGUACCUGCUUACUUUAAUGACUCGCAACGCCAAGCAACUAAGGAUGCUGGAACUAUUUCUGGUCUUAAUGUUCUUCGUAUUAUAAAUGAACCAACAGCAGCUGCCAUUGCUUAUGGCUUGGAUAAAAAGGUUGGUGCUGAAAGAAAUGUACUGAUUUUUGACCUGGGUGGUGGUACCUUUGAUGUCUCCAUCUUAACCAUUGAAGAUGGCAUAUUUGAAGUCAAAUCUACAGCUGGUGACACCCACCUUGGUGGGGAGGACUUUGACAGCCGUAUGGUCAACCAUUUUAUUGCUGAAUUCAAACGAAAGUACAAGAAAGACAUCACUGACAACAAGAGAGCUGUUCGCCGUCUCCGCACUGCUUGUGAACGUGCCAAGCGUACCCUGUCAUCCAGUACGCAAGCUAGCAUUGAAAUUGACUCUCUGUAUGAGGGUGUUGAUUUCUACACUUCCAUCACAAGGGCACGAUUUGAAGAGCUCAAUGCAGACCUCUUCCGAGGCACACUUGAUCCUGUUGAGAAAUCCUUACGAGAUGCAAAGCUUGACAAGGCUCAAAUCCAUGACAUUGUUCUGGUUGGUGGAUCCACCCGCAUUCCCAAAAUCCAGAAGUUGCUGCAAGAUUUCUUCAAUGGCAAAGAGUUGAACAAGAGCAUUAACCCUGAUGAGGCUGUUGCAUAUGGUGCAGCUGUGCAGGCUGCUAUCUUGGCGGGUGACAAGUCAGAGAAUGUACAAGAUUUGCUAUUAUUGGAUGUCACUCCUCUCUCCCUGGGUAUUGAGACAGCUGGAGGUGUAAUGACUGUCCUAAUCAAACGUAACACCACCAUUCCUACAAAACAAACGCAGACCUUCACCACUUACUCUGACAAUCAGCCUGGCGUGCUCAUCCAGGUGUAUGAGGGUGAAAGAGCCAUGACUAAGGAUAACAACUUGCUGGGCAAGUUUGAGCUGACUGGAAUUCCACCUGCUCCACGGGGCGUGCCUCAAAUUGAGGUGACAUUUGAUAUUGAUGCCAAUGGUAUCUUGAAUGUGUCUGCAGUGGACAAGAGCACUGGAAAGGAAAAUAAGAUCACCAUCACAAAUGACAAAGGUCGCUUGAGCAAAGAGGACAUUGAACGUAUGGUCCAGGAAGCUGAGAAGUACAAAGCAGAAGAUGAACAACAGCGUGACAAAGUUUCAUCAAAGAACUCUUUAGAGUCCUAUGCUUUCAACAUGAAGGCUACCAUUGAAGAUGAGAAACUAAAGGGCAAAAUAAGUGAUGAUGAUAAGCAGAAAGUUUUAGAAAAGUGCAAUGAAGUUAUCAGCUGGCUGGAUAAGAACCAGACUGCAGAAAAAGAUGAAUAUGAACAUCAACUGAAAGAAAUAGAGAAGAUCUGCAAUCCAAUUGUUAGCAAGUUGUAUCAGGGUGCUGGUGGCAUGCCUGGUGGAUGCCAGAAGGUUUUCCUGGUACUGGUGCUGCUCCUGGAGGAGGAUCUUCUGGACCAACCAUUGAAGAAGUUGACUAAAAACAUUAAUGUACAGUAAGAAUCAAUGAGAAUAGGAAACUGGAUGUUUGUGUACUAUGACUUAAGAAUCCAAAAUGUACUAUUGCCCUGUAACUAAAUAUGGUGUAAAAGUUUAAUGAGAUUGAAAAGCAUCUUGUUAAUUUAAAUUCUAGUUGAAAACUUCUCAUCUUCUAAUAAAAGAGCAAUAAAUAUA